UUCAUCCAAGAGUCUAUAUCUGUUGCCUCUACACCAAAGACGUGUCUCCUUUUCUCGCCCAGUCACGCAUCAGCUUCCCCUCGCCUCACUCGCUAUGUUACGUAACAAAACGAAAAAAGAGAGUGACAAAGGAAACGGAGGUGAUCCAUGGCGGCUAAUGGAGAAGGGAUCUGGAAGGACCAUUUUGAAUAUCUUCCUCCUUCUAGUUGCUGCUUUCCUUUGUUCCAACUUUUUGGAAUUUUCUAUCAGUAAGGCAACGCUAAGGGUUUUUCUGAAAUCGAAACCCUGGAACCAGUGGAAUCCCUCAUCAGAUCAAUCGAAGAAACUAGGAGGAAUCCAAUGGAAGUGUACUCCGACGGUAAACCAAACAUAUAGCUGCCCAAUACCAUUAAUCUCUCCUGCAGUGACGUAUGAAAGCAGAAAAGAUGAUGACGAUGAUCAUGAAAAGGCUGGGGGUUCAUGCCCAGACUAUUUCAAAUGGAUCCAUGAAGAUCUUCGGCCAUGGAAGGUCACAGGAAUCACAAGAGAGAUGGUGGAGAGAGGUGCAAAGAGUAGUGCAGAUUUCCGAUUGGUUAUAGUGAAUGGAAGGGCUUACAUUGAGAGGUACAAAACUUCUUUUCAAACGAGGGAUUUGUUUACGUGGUGGGGGAUUGUGCAACUACUGAGGAAGUACCCAGGGAAGUUGCCAGACUUGGACCUCAUUUUCAACUGUGCCGAUCAGCCUCAAAUCAGAUCAAGCGAUUACCAGCAACCAAACGCCUCUGCACCGCCACCCUUGUUUCAAUACUCCGGGAAUGCCUCGUCGUUGCCUAUCGUUUUCCCUGACUGGUCCUUCUGGGGUUGGCCAGAGCUCAACAUAAAGCCAUGGGAAGUUCUGUUAAAGGAAUUGAAAGAAUCCAAUGAGAGGACCAAAUGGAUUGACAGGCAACCUUACGCUUUCUGGAAAGGAAACCCUUUUACAUCCCAAAGCAGGAAAGACCUCAUGAAAUGCAAUUCUACAUACACAGACAAGCAAGAUUGGAAACUUCGAGCCUAUGCCCAGGAUUGGAAAAGUGAGAUUCUACAUGGUUUUAAACAAUCAGAUCUAACGAAACAGUGCACCCACAGAUAUAAGAUUUACGUAGAAGGAAGAAGUUGGUCUGUUAGCCAGAAGCACGCUCUGGCUUGUGAUUCUGUGCCAUUGUUUGUAGAGCCUAAAUUUUAUGACUUCGUCACAAGAUCUCUGAUCCCUAUGUAUCACUACUGGCCCAUCAAACGCAAUGAUGAUAUGUGUAAAUCUAUCAAGUUCGCAGUCGACUGGGGAAACAUCUACAAACAAGAGGCACAAGCUAUUGGAAGGGCAGCAAGCAAUUUUAUACAGGAAGAGUUAAAGAUGGAUUAUGUGUAUGACUACAUGCUUAAUUUGCUGAAGGAAUAUGCUAAACUCUUGAAGUAUAAGCCCACUAUACCUGAACGUGCUUUCGAACAUUGUUCGGAGACAAUGGCUUGUCCUGCAGACGGGCUGGUCAAGAAGUAUAUGACGGAUUCCAUGGUUAAGGCUCCAGCAGAUACAAGCCCAUGCACCAUGCCUCCUCCCUUUGAUCGUCCAGCUAUGCAAGCUUUUCUUAAUCAGAAAGAUGUCACAAAAAUGCAAGUGGAGGCAAUGGGAAGGACACUUUGACGUAUUCUAAGAUUUUCUUUUUCAUUUCCGAUUUUUAUAAAUGGAAUAGAGUAUGGUGACUAACAAAGAUAAAUGCUCAUCCAGGAAUCCAAAAUAGCAUCUUUUGGUUUCUCUUUCUAUCA